AUGUUGGAGAAUCUCUGCACCUUGCCUCUGACCUCGGAGCUCUUCACCCAAGUCGUCCACCCUACCGAGCCUCUUCUUACCGUGGGCCUGUCCAGCGGCCACGUCGAGUGCUUCCGCAUCCCCUCGGACGGCAGCCCAGAGGGCGGCAGCGACGAGAAUGGCAGCAUCGUGGGCGGGCGCGGCCUGAUCAAGACCGUCUGGAGCACCCGCCGGCACAAGGGCAGCUGCCGCUGUCUCGCCUACAGCCAUGACGGCUCCACCCUAUAUUCCGCCGGCAAAGACUCCGUCGUCAAACAGUUCGACCCCGAGACCGGCGUCGUGGCCUCCAAGAUCAGCAUCCCCGGCUCCCGACCCGACUCGCCGCCCGACGCCCCCGCCAUCAUGCACGCCCUGUCCCCGCAGACCCUGCUCCUCGGCACCGACGACGGCUUCCUCUACCUGUUCGACCUGCGCCAGAACGGCGCCAUCGAGUCGACGCCCCUGCGCAAGCACAAGCCGCACGACGACUACGUCACCUCCCUGACGCCGCUGCCCCCCUCCGCCGAGAGCACCUCAGGCUUCCCCAAGCAGUGGGUCAGCACCGGCGCCGGCACGCUGGCCGUGACGGACCUGCGCCACGGCAUCAUGGCCCGCUCCGAGGACCAGGACGACGAGCUGCUCUGCUCGACGCUGAUCCCCUCGGGCCUGGGCCCCAGGAAGCUGCGCAGCAACGCCGUCGUCGCCGUCGGCACCGGCUCCGGCGUCCUCACGCUCUGGGACCGCGGCUCGUGGGACGACCAGCAGGAGCGCAUCUACGUGGCCGGCGGCAAAGGCAGGAGGGACGCCGAGAGCCUCGACGCCAUCGUGCGCGUGCCCGACGAGCUCGGCUGGGGCAAGAAGGUCGUCGUCGGCGUCGGCGACGGCAGCCUGAGCCUCGUCGACCUCAAGCGCCGCGAGGUGCAGCUCACGCUGCGGCACGACGACGUCGAGGGCGUCACCGCCGUGAGCUUCGACUGCCAGGGCCGCAUGAUCUCGGGCGGCGGCAGGACGGUCAAGGUCUGGCUCGACAGCGAGGACGCCGACAACGAGGACGCCGAGGAGGACUCGGACGAAGAGGCCGGCGGCGUCAAACGCUCCGCCGAGAGCGACGAAGAGGAUGGCAGCGACGGCGACGACCCGGACAGCGACGACUCGAGCUCGAGGCGGCAGAGCCAGCCCAAGAAGAAGAGGAAGAAGGGCAAGGGCGCACGGCAGCAGAAGAAGCCGGGCGUCACGUUUCCUGGGCUUGAUUAG